AGAGACAGGCAACCGCACCUCAACAGGUGGUUUCAACUCCUGCUGCGGACAAGGCGGUUGUCUGUCCUAGUGAUGGGUGUGACGAUAUUGUGUCCCAAAAUCCCUCAGGAGUGGUCAUCGUGAAGUCCGCAGCAUACCAACGCUGCUUGAAUCUGCCGGGCGGCGAAUUCAGCCGACAGACGCUCAAGCUAGAAUUGGAACUCUGCAUCGCCAUCAAGAAUGACCUGAAACGUGAACAACACCUUCAAUCUGCACGCGCUAAUGGGUGGUUAACGAAGAUCAACUUCUUUGCUGUUUAUGAUUCCGCUAUGAAGCUCAAACCCGAUCUUGAACGACUCAUCAUUGAUAAAGAAGCAAAGGAGCGUUGUGUCAUUUACAAGGCACUUCUGAUAGAUCUUGCCGAACAAGGCUAUGGAGUCGAGGUUGAUAAACGACUGUCUUUUCUUGCACGGUUGAAAAUAUUCGAGCUCGGACCAAUUUUCAAGAAGGCGCGGCCGGGAUACUACGGUCCGAAGGGCAGUAUAAUCUUUCGUACAACCAUCAACAAGCUGUUUGACCCGGUGCGGAAGGCCAUCCCCACUGACACUUUUGCUCCACUCUCCUUUGAACAAUACACUUAUUUUGUUCUCAUUCCUUUCAUGGCCACCCGACUUAUCGCUGACGAUCGAGGGUUCACUGGCGAUCAGCAGCAGUGCACGCUUGAACAGGCCUUCGACAUUAUGGUUGCCACUGGCGAUGUUGGUGAGACGCUGCAGGCCAUCGAUGAGGAAGGAAAGGACGAGGGGUUUGAUAAUGUUCUCAUGAAGAUCACGCUCAACAAAGUGACCAAGUUAGACUAUCUCCCAGCGGCGUCCCCUCAGCGAGAGAAAGGCCGAAAGCCGACAGCUCGUCAACGUAGUUCAAAGCAGUCUAAUGAGUCUGCAUGUCGGCGAAGUGCUCGUCUCGCUUUGUCCCAACGUUAACGGGUUUUAUGGCGUCAAAUUUUCGGUUCAAACAGACCUCUGCAGAGUCCGUGCCCCCCUCUACUGGUGGCUUACAGUGCAACUGUCUCCCACUCUAUUGUGCGAUGUUUUCACGUCCUCCUGCCAUUCUGCGGUCCCAAUAUCUUGGCCUCCUUGCUAGCCUGUGCCUUUAAAAUGUUACUGGUGUCCCUUUGCUAUGCUAGACGGCGUGCUUAUUUUUAUUAUAAGUCCAUUAACUAAUGUAAUUCUGUGUUUUCCUUCAUUA